AUGCCUAAAUCUCGAAAAGAACCUAAAAAAGAAGUUCCAAUCAGCGAACUUGAGAAACCGACAUUCUCGGAACCUGCAACAGACGAAUUGCCCUCCCAAACUAGGACCAAGAAGAGCACCAGGACCAAGGCUGAGAGCAAAUCCAAUGGUGCUUCAACCUCAAAUCCACCCUCAAGACCGAGCUCAGGUAUAGAGCCUCAAUUCAAGUCAAAUGCCAAUUCCAAACCUAAACCCGAACCUAAACCCAAAUCCAGAGGUGCUAGAGUGUUAUAUUGGCAUAGAACGGACCUUCGAUUAACUGAUUCGCCCUCGUUGAAAAACGCUUUAGAUAUAGAAGACAUAGAAUCUUUUUGGCCAAUAUGGUGUUUCGAUCCUGAAUACGUAUACAGAACUCGUGUCGGUGUCAAUAGGUGGCAAUUCUUAUUAGACUCGAUGGAAAGUAUAAGUGAAGAAUAUAAGAAAUUGAAUGGGAAUCAAAGAUUAUGGGUAUUAAGAGGAAAUCCAGAAAAAGUAAUUAAGAAGCUAGUUGAGGAAUGGGAUAUAACUCAUCUGUGUUUUGAGAAAGAUAGUAACGCUUAUUCCAAGGUCAGAGAUCAGAAGAUAAUAGGUCUAGCAAAAGAUCUAGGAAUACAAGUUGUCAUGACUCCAGGUAGACAUUUGUACGAUCCUGAUGAAGUGAUCAAGAGGAAUAAUGGUAAACCCACAAUGACACUACAUCAAUGGCAAGCUGUGACCAAUAAGAUGGGCGAGAUACCUCAUCCCACCCCUGCGCCGGAAUCGAUUCCUGAUCCUGGACCAUCUACUUUGAAAAACGAUGAAGAUCAAAAAUGGGGCGAAUACCAAGGAGUAGACAUGAAUAGAGGUAUAAGAACAGGUACAGACACAUGUUUUGAAUCAAUAACUGGACCUUCAUUGAACCCAUUCUCAGUGCCUACAAUGUCUCAAAUGGGGUUCGAACAAGCUACAACGACGAUAAGAGGAGGGACUUCAGAUGGUCAUAAACGAUUAGAUCUAUUCCUUUCCGAUUCGGACAAAGUAGCGAAAUUUUCAAAACCAGGUUCGGCACCAACUUCACUUGAACCCUCAACAACGUUGUUGAGUCCGUAUAUCAAAUUCGGCUGUGUGGGAGUAAGAGAAAUUUGGUGGGGAUCAAAAAACGUGGUUGACAUUUGGAAGAAAAAAGGUGGUAAAGGUGAAACGAAAGAACCUGAGAACAUGUUUGGCCAACUUCAAUUCAGAGAUAUGUACGCAUGUGCAGAAGCUGCUGUACCUCAUUUUGAGCGAAUACGAGGUAAUCCAGUGUGUAAAUACGUUGCCUGGUCAUUACAAAACCAAUAUGAUUCAGAUGGAAAUGAGAUCUUACCUAGACCAAAAGAUGAAGAUGAAAUUGCAGAAGAAAGAUUCCAAGCUUGGCGUGAAGGCAGAACAGGUUUUCCAUGGAUAGACGCAUGUAUGAGACAAUUGAAACACGAAGGAUGGAUACAUCAUUUAGCAAGACAUAGUGUAGCUUGUUUCCUUACAAGAGGUCAAUGCUAUAUAUCCUGGGAAAGAGGAAUGGAAGUUUUUGAUGACUGGUUAAUAGAUUGGGAUCCUGCUUCAAAUCCUGGCAAUUGGAUGUGGUUGAGUUGCUCAGCUUUCUUCUCUCAAUAUUUCCGAGUGUAUGGUCUUGUAUCUUGGCCACAAAGGACCGAUAAGACGGGUGCGCUUGUGAGAAAGUACUGUCCUGAAUUGAAAGAUUUCCCAGAUAAAUACAUCUACGCACCUCAUCUGGCUCCUAGGGGUGUACAAGAGAAAGCGAACUGUAUAAUAGGAGAAGAUUAUCCAUCACCGAUAUUAGAUGAACAAAAAGAGAAGGAUCUUUGUAUAGCAAGAUUGAAAGAUGCUUUUUCAUUGGGUUAUCACGGGAACGAUGAAGAUGUCUUGAAUGGUACUGCGAAAACAAGACUCAAAGAACUACAUGCAGAAAAUGGACAUACUCAUGAAAAGAAAGAAGAGGAAGAUAAGAAGAAGCGGAAAAGGGACGGUGAAGGUGCAUUGGAUAAAUUCAUAAAAAGGGAAAAGAAAUAG